GUUGUUCGUCUCACUAGCAGCCCAACAAGGAAAAGAGAUGAGCUGGGUUUUCUCCCUGAAAACAACCCCAGCCGCAGGAGAAAAUUCCAUUUUUUUGCAUUCUCUCUUCACUUUUGGAUUUCCGCAGCCGCACCCAACAGUUUUCUUAUUCUCUGGAGAAGCAACCGACAGCAACUAGAAGACCAAAACACCUGCAAUUUUUCUUUUCUGUUCAUUUAGCAACAAGCAGCCGGAGUUUAGCCAGGGGGUCAAUAAACGUGUUCUAACACUGUUCACGCGGAAUUCUCGUUUGAGCAGAAACUUCCAAACCCCUCUUGGUUGCAAACCUGAAACCCCCACUCCAGCCAAUCUCUCAAACAGUAAGCACCGUCUCUUCUGGAGGAAGCCUUUCUCUGAUUCCAUUAGGUGGUGGAAGUUUUAUUAAUCUGAGGUUGUGGAGAUAAUUAGAAAGAAUUUAACACUUGAGAGUGGUAGACAAUGGGGAACGUCUUACCUAAACGAUGCUUUGAGCCCAAGAAGUCCAAAAAUGAUGGGGAUGACUCGGACCAUCAUGUAGAACUUGCUGGAGGAAAUGUUCAACUCAUCACGAACGAAGAAAGUUGGAACCAGAAGAUGGGAGAAGCAAAAAAAGAUGGCAAAAUUGUUGUGGCAAAUUUUAGUGCUUCAUGGUGCGGUCCAUGUCGAACAAUUGCACCCCUAUACUCUGAGCUUUCCGAGAAACAUCCUUCUUUGAUGUUUCUCACUGUUGAUGUUGAUGAACUUUCGGAUUUCAGCUCUACAACCUGGGACAUCAAAGCAACUCCGACCUUCUUCUUCCUUAAAAGCGAACCAGGAAAUGACAAAAUGGCAGAAAUCGACAAACUGGUGGGAGCUAAUAAGCCGGAGCUUCAGAAGAAGAUUACAUCAAUUGUAGACACCAGAGCUCCCCCGGCCCAGAAAUAAGCAUUUAUGGAAUUGGUUUUCUUUAGUUUCUGUGAGCUUCUUAAAUUAGUUUUUUUCUUUUAUUAAAAUUCAAAUCUAUGUAUAUUGGCAUAUUGCAAUUGUAAAUGUGACUAAGGUUUUGGAUGGCACCAUAAAUAACUCCAUGAAAGAAGGGUUGGUGAAAUAAAUGCACUUUUUUGCCAUGUGCUCAUGAUUUAUGAUACGAGUCAUAUUGGGACGGUU